CAGCCAUGCAAUUGAUCGGGUCUUUCAUCUCAAAGAUCCCCAGGUGGUCUCCCAGCACCUGGUGAGGGCGAAGGGGCAAUAUGGUCUAUCACGGUGUUUCCAGAGGCUGUGAGACUUGCAAACAGAGGCGCAAAAAGUGUGACGAGGCUCGUCCAGUAUGCAUAUGCGGCCCUUUGCCACUUCUGGUCACUUGCGGCUGACCAGCAUCAUGUACAAGGUUUGCAACAGAUGCAGAAAAGCCAACCGUACUUGCCGCGGAUACAAGGAUGAGACGGACCUGAUAUUCCGGCAUCACCGCCAUGGUCUGGAUCACUUCCGAGACCACUCGGACUCUCAAGAUGAGCAGGGACCUCCAUCAGACGAUCCCAAGACCCAUAUUCCCAGUGUUGCGCACUACACAACUGCGGAUUGGCGUAAUGCUACAUUCGAACGAGAAGCCCGGGAGCAAUUCCUCCUGGAUUACUCUGUGAUCUCCUCGGAUCGGUCACUAUCACGCGGCUAUCUUGAAGGCCUUCGACAGUUGCUAGUCUACUGUGGGCCAUCCUCAGAGCUGUCACAAGCGGUGACUAUUGUAUCUUUCGCCAGCUACGCAAACAAGCACAGCCGUCCGGAGAUCUCGGCUGAGGCUAAAUAUCUUUAUUUCCAACUCCUGCAGUCCUUCCAGAGGACCAUCUCGAAUGUUGCGACUUCGAACAUCGUGGAGCCUCUCUUGACUGCUGUGUUGCUUGGACUAUAUGAGAUCAUCUCGACGACUGAGGCGUAUCCGAGUGCGCACAGCGCUCAUUCCAAGGGCGUCUCGGCCAUUCUCACCUCGGAGCACUCUCCCUUCGAUAUCUUCGCCGGUGCAAAGUUGUUCCAGAUGUCGAAUCCCCUCCGCCUCGACCCAGCUCGAUUGGAGAAUUCACGCAAUCAUGGCAUCCUCUGUGCUCCGUUGCUAGCAGAUUCAGUCCAGAGUCUGGAUUCCAUCAUGGUCAGGACGAGACCCAUCGCGGCAAGGAUGCAACAACUCAUAAAAUCUCCUACGGAUAUGACUGCUGAAGAAUUGGGUCAACUAAGAGAGGAUAUGAUACUCCUCGUCCGCGACUAUGCUCAGUGGGCUGAGAAUCAACCUCCAGAAUGGUCGCCAAAACUAAUUGGUACCAUGAACCAGAGCCAAGCAAGAUCAGCCGGGACGAUCUAUUGGCCUGGAAGACUAGAGAGCUAUUUCGACCUGUAUGUUGCUGGCAUAUGGAAUUGUUAUCGCAAAUCUCGCCUUUUAUUUCUCGACCAGGUCAUACGUUGCGAGCUACAAUUCCCGGAACCUGAUAGAAAACUAACAGUCGGCCGUCUCUACUCCGAGGUUCAAACCCUUGCGGCCGAUCUUGCUGCGUCUGUCCAUUUCCAUCUGACGGGCUCUGCUGAAAUGCCUCCGUCAAGUCCUCAUGGUGUCAUCACUCCAGGCAAGUCUGUUGGCGGGCUUCUCAUUCUUCACCCCCUCACCGUGUCUUCCACCCUGUCUGUAGUUUCGCCAGAAAUGCAGACACAUUUCCGGAACUGUCUUGCUUGGAUUGGAGAUAACAUGGGCAUCGGCCAAGCCACUCUUCUGGCAAAGAAUCCUGGUGGUUUGCCGUACAACUUCAUUAAGGAUGGUCACGUUCUGGUAUGGGCUGGGAUGCUUGUUAGCCAGAUAUGAACUGAGGACACGGCACUAGGAGCUUGCCUCGUUGUUUGAGACAGACUGCCUCAUCGCUCUCACAAAUCGACGGAAUGCAAUGCCGUGCAAACAGGCUCUUGACU